AUGGACAAAUAUACCAACAGGGACCAUCCUGACUACAUUCCCGGUACAUUCAACAUUUAUUCUUCCCAAAAUUUGGAGAAUGGUAUUAUAUACGAAUCAAAGUUGAAAAAAAAUUCCACAGGAGUUGUUCUAAUCCCUCAACCAUCAUAUUCGCCAAAUGAUCCACUGAAUUGGUCUAGCUGGAGGAAGUUGGCACAUUUUGGUCUAAUGGCUUUUAUAACCGCGUUCACUGCCGCUACUAGUAACGACGCCGGUGCUGCUCAAGACUCAUUGAAUGAGAUUUAUGGGAUAUCGUAUGAUUCUAUGAACACAGGGGCUGGUGUUCUUUUUUUAGGUAUUGGUUGGUCCACUUUGUUCCUAGCUCCAUUCGCCAAUUUGUAUGGUAGGAAGAUUACGUACAUAGUUUGCACCACAUUGGGUCUCUUCGGUGCGCUUUGGUUUGCCCUGGCUAAAAGAACGAGUGACACAAUAUGGUCCCAAUUGUUUGUAGGCAUCAGUGAGUCGUGUGCUGAAGCUCAAGUACAGCUGUCCCUGAGCGACAUUUUUUUCCAACACCAAUUGGGCUCCGUAUUGACCGUGUAUAUUAUGUGCACUAGUAUUGGUACGUUCUUGGGUCCAUUGAUUGCUGGGUACAUAUCUGCCUUUACCAACUUCCGUUGGGUUGGUUGGGUUGCCGUGAUUAUAUCUGGUGGUCUUUUGGUUGCUAUUAUAUUUGGAUGCGAGGAAACUUACUUCGACAGAGGUCAGUAUAUGACUCCCCUGACAAGUUGUCAAUCGGGAUACGAAGAUGGCACCACUUUGCAAAAUUCUGAUAAUACUGCCGUGUCGCGCAGAAAACGUCAUCUUGACGCUAAACUAUCAACACCUGAUGCCAUGGGUGAGAAGGGUGUAGACGUAUCGGAAACAGCUGAGUUUGAAGUCAACAACGAAGAGGAGGCUACCAUACCUGAGACUCGCGAAUUGAUUGAUGGUUCCAAAGAGCAUUUGAAAUCAUACCCAAAAAGAAUAGCCAUAUUCACCAAAGCCACUAAUUUGAAAGGUUACGGUUUUAAACAGUAUUUCAAAUAUCUAAAGAUCAACCUUCGAAUGUUUUUAUUCCCGCCUGUGUGGUUGUCUGGUAUGUUUUGGGGUAUUCAAGACGUUUUCCUGACAUUUUAUUUGACCACUCAAGAAAGCGCCUACUACGAUCCCCCAUGGAACUACAGUGAUUUUGGUGUUGCAAUUAUGAAUGUUCCCACACUGAUCGGAGCGGUAAUCGGUUGUAUUUGUGCUGGCAUUGUUAGUGACUACUUUGUUCUUUGGAUGGCUCGUCACAACAGAGGUAUUUUGGAGGCGGAAUUUAGAUUAUACUUCUCAAUUGCGACUGCAAUUAUCGGGCCCGCCGGUUUGCUAAUGUUUGGUAUUGGUACCGCUAGACAAUGGCCUUGGCAAGCUAUAUACGUUGGAUUGGGUUUUGUUGGCUUUGCAUGGGGUUGUUCUGGUGAUAUUGCCAUGGCGUACCUAAUGGAUUGUUACCCCGAAAUGGUUUUGGAAGGUAUGGUUUGUACUGCUAUUAUCAACAACACAAUAUCUUGCAUUUUCACCUUUACCUGUUCUGAUUGGCUUGCUGCAUCUGGUACUGAGAACACUUACAUCGCUUUGGCUGUCAUCAACUUUGGGAUUACCGCAUUUGCCUUACCAAUGUACUACUAUGGUAAGAGGAUAAGACUUUGGACUAAGAGAUGGUAUUUGCAGUCUGUCAAUCUGAGAGACGGCGUGUAG